UUCCUCCGGACGGCGGCGCUCUAGUGACUCGACACUGACGCUUCAGCAGCGAGAGAAGAACCAGCCGGAAGCGGAAGUGAGAGCGGCAGCGGUGAAAGCGGAAGCGCAAACAUGGAGGCAGCCGUGUUCAUUUUAUCCCUCGUCGACUGCUGCGCUUUAAUAUUCCUCUCCGUGUAUUUCAUUAUUACUCUGUCUGAUCUGGAGUGUGACUACAUCAAUGCUCGAUCCUGCUGCUCCAAGUUAAACAAAUGGGUCAUUCCUGAGAUGAUCGCUCAGGCUCUGGCCACGGUCCUCAUGCUGGUCUCCAUGCACUGGUUUGUGUUCCUGCUCAACUUACCUGUGGCAUCAUGGAACGGUUACAGAUACGUGAAGGUUCCUAUGGGGAACAUGGGAGUGUAUGAUCCCACAGAGAUUCACAACAGAGGCCAGCUCAAGUCCCACAUGAAGGAAGCCAUGAUCAAACUGGGCUUCCACCUUCUCUGCUUCUUCAUCUACCUGUACAGCAUGAUCCUGGCUCUCAUCAACGACUGACCCGCAUCUGUCUUCACAACACAAACUGCCAAAUCAUGAACUGGCCUUUACAUAUUGUGAACAAAUUCCAUGCAUCCCAAUCAGAAGAUCAGCUCAGCUCUCGUCAACACAUCCUCACUAUUGCCCCUCAGAAACGGCUCGUCUGCAGACCACAAACCCCUGAUGAAGCGAGCGCCGCCGCAUGCGCUCUCCUCCCGUCACGUGUCUGUACCUCACGUUGGUUUCUCUGAAUCUUGCGCUGCUUCUCAGGACUGAAGCAUCAAGACAAUCGCACUGAAUCACUCGACAUCUGUUUGACCAGCAACUGCACACAAAACAAGCUCACGGUUUCCACCACGGUAUAAAAAAAACCAAAUAAAGGUAAUUGUGGCUUUUUAUCUCACAAUUCUGAUUUUCUUUCUUGCAAUUCUGACUGAGAAAGAAGUCUGAAUGGCGAAAUGGAAACUUAGAAUUCUGAGAUAUCUUAGGAUUCUGAAAUUGACAAAUUGGAAUUGCAAAAAAAGCCAGAAUUCUCAGAAUUGUGAGAAACAAAGUUUUUAUUUUUCAUAAUUAUGACUUUUUCCCCUCAGAAUUGCAAGAUUGUACCAACACGUACUGCAUUGCGAGAUAAAAGCUAAAAAAAAGUCUGAAUUGAAAGAGAUUCAGAUUAUGCGAAACAAACUCAUAAAAAAUCAACUUGGAAUUGCAAGAAAAAAGUCAUUUAUAUCUAACAAUUCUGCCUUUUUCCCCCCUCAAAAUUGCAAGAUACAAAGUCUGAAUUAAAAGAUAUAAACUCAAAAAUCGAGGGGAAAAAAGUCGCAAUUACCUUUCUUUUUUUCAUCCUGUGGCAGAAACAAGCCUCCAUACAUUCACCCACCAAAACCAAAAGAAAAAAUGUUUCACAAAGAUAACGAAGCCUGUUUUAAGACCAAGUCUUUUGGUAUUUAUGAUUAUAUUUUGACAAUUAAGCACAUUUUAACCUGCACUGACAUUAAUGUAAGGUCUUUUUUUUUUUUUUUUUCAUAAUUCCUAUUACACUCCAUGCUUGUUUUGUUUUAAAAUAGAAGUUAAAUCGGUACUAUUACUGUGAUGCACAAAUAUUACCAUUUACAUUUUUAUGAUUUAAAUAUUGUAUUUUUUGCAUCAUGAGAAGCAGUUUUUUGUUGCAUUACAAUAAUAAUGACAAAUAGGAAUCAAAAUGUGCUUAACUGUCGUCUAAAUGUCAAUGCAAGACGCCUUAAUGGUUUAAAAUAUAUGCAGCAUUUUUGUUUUGACGAGCUGGACAUGUUCUUAAGUUCCAUGAUUUUUUUUCCUUAUCCACUUGCAUGCUUUUGUAAACUGUUAUUGGAAGCAUUGUCUGUGUAUGUGAACUUGUUUACAGAUGAACGGCGCGUGACUCAAAGGAGCUCUAGAAUAACCAGAACAAGCACUAAUGUGUUCAUCACAGCUUCUCUGAUUCAGAUCCGGUCUGAAUCACAUCCGAGCCGUUUCACCAACUUCCUACUAAUGACAUUUCAGUGGCUUGUUUUGAGCAGAUAUCAUUGAUUUUUGUGUCUCCUGCUUUUUAUAUUCAAGAGCGUGUCAGAAUUGAAUCAGAUCAGACAACCUGAUAUUUAAUGAUGUUUAAGUGAAAUUUCAUUAAUGUAGGGGUGAAUCUCACAAAACCUGGACCCCAAAAUCACAAGAAAUAAAUUAUAUUUUGUUUAAAGAAAGGCAAUGUUUAGAACCAUUAAGAUAUUUUUAAAUGUUAUUUUAAUGAAAAUUAAGCACAUUUUUUCUUAAAGACUUUUCAUUAGUGUGUCUGUAUGUUUUACUCCUGGGUAUUAGUUUCUUCAGUGGUGCUUUAAUUACAGUAAUAAAUAUUCAGUUGUCAACAUUCAUCACAUUUAAAUUGUAAAAAAUGUUUUGUAUUCAUGCGUCAGUAUUUGCUGUGCUGCAAGUUGAGUCAAAACUUAAUUGUCAAGGAAAUACUGUACAAAAAAAAAAAUCGAAAUGUUCCUUAAAAACAGGUGUUAUUUUCUUUACACAAAAUACCUUUCUGAUUUUGAAUUGUGGAUUCACCAUUGUUGAGGUUAAUGAAUGCUGGGUAAGCAGGGGUGUGGUUUUGUUCAAACACUACGCAGCGUCACAUGAUGAUCUUUGAGUUUUAGCAGUCAGUGUUCUGCGUUGAAUAGCACUUCAUGUCUCAUCGUUUGAGAGGGUUUGGUUUGUAAACUUGAGAUCUGUGUCAUCGGUUUUGUUUAGUUCUUUUGAAUAUUUGCGUUUGUGGGGUUUAUUAAAUAAAAAGAUGAUCAUGAA